CAAAAGAGAACGUGUACUUACGUCGAUCGUAUCUAAUCGGCGCGCGAGCUAAAAUACAGCUUUAUUUCGCGCGAGGCGCUCGUUGGUCAAGCAUCUUCUCCUGGUUAAAGCUCGUUGGAAGAAAAACGUUUCCAGAGGAUUCCUCUCCUUCACCUCAAUGACAAAUCGUGCAAUUUCAUUUCUUCGCUUUCGUUGCUCUUCUCACCCGCGUUCAAAGUAAUCUCUCUUUCGAUGGAAUUAGGGAAAAUGAAGUGAUUUAUUCGAAGAAUGACGUACCAGUUUUGUGACACUUUUAGACAGUGUGCUUGAUUAAUCGCCUUCGAGAAUGUUGAGAAUGAAGAGAAGAAGAAAUCUGUGACGAGAUUUUUGCAACAACAGUGGUUUUCUUGAUCGAGAGAUAUCGAAGUAGAUCGCAGUGAAACUUUCGGAGGAUCAUUUUUUAAGGGAAGAAUUUAGGAGGUUCUUUGGAAAGACCGAAUUAGACAUGGAGAAAUUGGACAACGGAAUCUAUAAAGGAAAUGGUUACACCAACGAGGCGUUCCAGAUGGAAAACGUUCAUCCUGACGGAAGAAGAAACAACGUCGGUGAUAUCGAGAAAUCGAAGGAGGAUUUAAACGUGCAGCAAGAAGAAUCAGAGAACAUCUCUAGGGCAGAAUGGGGAGGUGGGCUGGAAUUUCUAAUGGCUUGCAUCGCCGCUUCCGUGGGCCUCGGGAACGUUUGGAGAUUUCCGUUCACCGCUUACGAGAACGGAGGUGGAGCUUUCCUAAUUCCAUACAUCAUCGUUCUGCUGUUCGUAGGAAAGCCGUUCUACUUUCUCGAAGGACUUCUCGGACAGUUCACCAACAGAUCGUGCGCAAAAAUGUGGGCCUUGGUACCAGCGAUGAAAGGUUUGGGAUAUGGUCAGGCGUUCGCUGCGUUCUCCGUAGUCUCUUACUACUGUGCUCUAAUGGGUCUGACGCUCUACUAUCUCGUGGGCAGCUUUCAAGCUGUUCUACCUUGGUCUUUCUGUCGAGAAGAGUGGCUGGGUCAAUGCGUCGAUGCAGAUUCGAAGGACGAUGACGUGAACAGGAGUUCUAGUUUAUUUGCGAGCAAUAACGGUUCUCUGCGCAGCUCUGCAGAACUGUACUUCAGAAAGAUCGUCUUGAACGAGUACGACUCCAUUGAGGAUGGAAUUGGAGCACCCUCUUGGCAGCUCAGUAUCUGCCUCUUUGUAAGCUGGGCAACGAUAUUCGUCGUGCUGUGUCGCGGGAUAAAAAGCACAGGGAAAGCAGCAUACUUCCUCGCGAUAUUUCCCUACGUUAUCAUGAUUGCUCUGUUGGUCAGGGCGGUGACUUUGGAGGGUGCAAUGGAUGGUAUCCUCUUUCUCGUUACCCCAAAGUGGGACAAACUCUGGCAACCGAACGUAUGGUACGCCGCCAUCACCCAAUGCUUCUUCUCACUCUCCGUAUGCUUCGGCCCAAUUGUCACCUAUUCUUCCUUCAAUAAUUUCCAUCACAAAAUUGGCAGAGACGUGAUGAUAGUGACCACUUUGGACACGUUCACCAGUCUCAUAGCAGGCUGCACGAUUUUCGGUAUUCUCGGCAAUUUGGCUCACGAAGUCGGCACCACGGACAUAUCGAAAGUAGUUCGUGGCGGUACUGGCCUGGCGUUCAUCUCCUAUCCGGAAGCUUUGUCCCGAUUCAGUGUCGUGCCGCAACUUUUCGCUGUCCUCUUUUUCGUCAUGAUGUACGUGCUUGGUGUUGGAAGCGCGAUGGGUCUUUGCGGCGCCGUUUGCUGCAUCCUCUCCGAUCAUUUCCCGAAAGUGAAACAGUGGAAGUUAGCUCUGAUGCUUUGUUUAUUCGGACUCGUUCUUAGCCUCGUUUACGUCACUCCAGGUGGACAGUGGUUCAUAACGCUGGUCGAUUACUAUGGCGGAACGUUCGUGGCGAUCAUAGUCGGCGUCCUGGAAAUGAUAUCCGUAUUUUGGGUAUACGGCUUAUCGAAUUUCCUCAACGAUAUAGAAUUCAUGCUAGGCAGAAGACCAUCGAUCUAUUGGAGAUUCUGCUGGGCUUUAAUUACUCCUACGCUAAUGAUCGUCAUACUGAUCUACACGAUCGCCACUUAUGAAUCACCCACGUACGAUGGUUUACAAUUUCCAACAUACGCUUAUGCUGUAGGGUGGUGUAUAUUUUCCUUGGGAAUGCUGUUGAUCGUUGGCUGGAUCCUGCAAAAAUGCAUCGAGCUGAGAUCGUCCUCGUUGAUCGAAACUGUGAAAAGAGCGUUCAAGCCAUGUGAGGAAAAGUGGGGACCGAUCGAUCCUAAGAUUCGUCUAAAAUGGAAAGAAUUCGUGGCUGAGAAGAAUUUCCGGUAUCGAGGCGGUUUCGUCGACACUUUUUUUAAAUAA